CCAAAAGGGUAGCCUUAGGACGCCGCGUGGCGUCGGAACUCUGAAAUCAUUUUCGCGGCGUAAACUCCAAUGCGCUCCACUUCUUUGAGCCUUCACAGUAUAGUAGUAGUGCUCGCCGGAGUCACUUUGCGCUGCGAAGCUUCAUCGAGCCUUCAACAAUCAAAGAAUGGCCACAAUGGCGAGAUCGGGCGUACUCAGUCCUCUUUGCGCUCGUCUCGACGAAUCUCAUUUUAUCAAUUCGAUGCUGUUUCGUCCUGAACUGAAAGGUAAAGUUUCUCAAGUUUCAUUGCUCAGCGUGAGGACGAAGAACGCGAGAAAUCCCUCUACUAUUCUUCCGGUAAUAAGAGCUCACAGCUCCCCAGAUUUUAUGCCGGAGGCGAAAUUUUACAAAAUUGAAGCAAUCCUGAGGCCGUGGCGCAUUCCUCAAGUUUCUUCGGCUCUGUUGAAGAUGGGUAUACGUGGUGUUACAGUUUCUGAUGUUCGGGGGUUCGGUGCUCAGGGUGGGUCAACAGAAAGGCAUGCUGGUUCUGAGUUUUCUGAAGACAAGUUUGUGAGUAAAGUGAAAAUGGAAAUUGUGGUUAGCAAGGAGCAGGUUGAAGAAGUAAUUGAUAGGAUAAUUGAGGAGGCGAGAACUGGAGAGAUUGGGGAUGGCAAGAUAUUUUUAAUGCCCGUGUCAGAUAUAAUUAGAGUUCGCACAGGUCAGCGUGGAGAGGAGGCAGAGAGGAUGACUGGUGGGCGUUCUGAUAUGAUCUCUACUAAUCACAAGUAAUUGAGAUGUGACUUCAGAUUUGUGAGACCAACAUCUAACCUAUUCCUAAAUUUCAACUACAAAUUAUAUCUUUAAUUCUUGAAGUGGAAUUGCAUUCCAUGUCCUAUCUUUGAAGCUUAACAAACUUAAAAUUAAAAUCCUUCUAUUCUCUUCCCAA